CCCGACGGCGGCGGAGGCUCUGGCCUGCGAGCUAGUCCGGGGCCCGGCGAGCUGGGCAAGGUCAAGAAGGAGCAGCAGGACGGCGAGACGGACGACGACAAGUUCCCGGUGUGCAUCCGCGAGGCCGUCAGCCAGGUGCUCAGCGGCUACGACUGGACGCUGGUGCCCAUGCCCGUGCGCGUCAACGGCGCCAGCAAGAGCAAGCCGCACGUGAAGCGGCCCAUGAACGCCUUCAUGGUGUGGGCGCAGGCGGCGCGCAGGAAGCUGGCGGACCAGUACCCGCACCUGCACAACGCCGAGCUCAGCAAGACGCUGGGCAAGCUCUGGAGGCUGCUGAACGAGAGUGACAAGCGCCCCUUCAUUGAGGAGGCCGAGCGGCUCCGCAUGCAGCACAAGAAGGACCAUCCGGACUACAAGUACCAGCCCCGGCGGCGCAAGAAUGGGAAGGCGGCCCAGGGGGAGGCCGAGUGCCCGGGGGGAGAGGCCGAGCAGGGAGGGGCCGCUGCCAUCCAGGCCCACUACAAGAGCGCCCACCUGGACCACCGGCACGCGGAAGAGGGCUCCCCCAUGUCGGACGGGAACCCCGAGCACCCCUCGGGCCAGAGCCAUGGCCCACCCACCCCUCCAACCACCCCAAAGACAGAGCUGCAGGCGGGCAAGGCAGACUCCAAGCGGGAUGGGCGCUCCCUGGGGGAGGGCGGGAAGCCUCACAUCGACUUCGGCAACAUGGACAUCGGUGAGAUCAGCCACGAGGUCAUGUCCAACAUGGAGACCUUUGAUGUGGCUGAGUUGGACCAAUACCUACCACCCAACGGGCACCCGGGCCACGUAGGGAGCUAUUCGGCAGCCGGCUAUGGGCUGGGCAGCGCCCUGGCCGUGGCCAGUGGACAUUCUGCCUGGAUCUCCAAGCCACCGGGCGUGGCUCUGCCCACAGUCUCGCCACCUGGUGUGGAUGCCAAAGCCCAGGUGAAGACAGAGACCGCAGGCCCUCAGGGGCCCCCACACUACACUGACCAGCCGUCCACCUCGCAGAUCGCCUACACCUCCCUCAGCCUGCCUCACUACGGCUCCGCCUUCCCCUCCAUCUCCCGCCCUCAGUUUGACUACUCUGACCAUCAGCCCUCAGGACCCUAUUACGGCCACUCGGGCCAGGCCUCUGGCCUCUACUCGGCCUUUUCCUACAUGGGGCCCUCUCAGCGGCCCCUCUACACGGCCAUCUCUGACCCCAGCCCCUCAGGGCCCCAAUCCCACAGCCCCACACACUGGGAGCAGCCAGUAUAUACGACGCUGUCCCGGCCCUAAAGAUAGCCCUGCCUCAGCCAGCCCCAACCCCAGCCUGUGUGUCCUUGUCCUCUCCCGUCUCAGCCUGACGGUGGCAGAGGCAGGGGAGGAGGCUGCAGAGGCUGACAGCAGAGGGGCAGCUUCCCGCCAGCUCCCUGCCCUGAUGACCCACUGCCCCAUCCGAGCUCUGGAGCCCCACCCUGGCUGACAGCUGGGUGGAGGAGGAGGAGGGUGAUGGCUUCCCCUAGACUAGAGGGUGAGGGGCUGCCCCUCCCCCAGAGAUGGCCCUCCAUCCCAGAGCCUAGGAAGGACCCACUCACCCCUUGGGGAAGGAGGCAGCAUCUGCGCAUGGGCAGGCAUCGGAGGCCUUGCCAUUCCUGUUGCCCCUCUUUUGGAGAGAGAGGGUCUGGUGGGCUCUGGUGCCUAAGAACUAUGCCACUCAGAGACUUGCAUCAGAGCCUAGAGCUGGCUGUGUGGCUCAGCGGCUGGGGACAGCUCUGAGCAGCCCCGUGGGAGGAGCUCAGGGGAUGUUCUCAGCCCUUUAAGACUCCCCCGCCUCCUGAAUGCAGGAAGAAAUGGGCGCACAGGCCCCCAAGUCCAGUUCUGCACCAGUAACCUCAUCGCCUGUCUAAUCGAGGGGAGCCCCCAGGCAUCCCUGACCCCACCUCCCACCUUAAAUUAAGGCCACCCCAGCUGAGAAGGCAGGGGCUCCAGGAAAGGGUUCCGAGACAGUUUGCAGAGCCCUUCUCCCAGGGCUCCUGGCCAGCGCCCCCUUUCCUCACGCUCCAGGAGACUUGGGGCCCAGCACCCAGGCUGCGGGGAGCAGCUGAAGACACUAAGAUCCCACCGUGUACAUUCUUCCUUGCCUUCCACCCUUUGCCUCCCAGUGGUAUCUGAAUAAAGUAUGUAGCUAUUAUCUGCCCCCACUUUCCUGUUCUCCUGUGGCCCCCACCGUCCACAUGUAACGCAUUACUGUCCCCCCUUAUUUAUCUCAGUAGUCCCCUCGCCCCUCGCCCUCCUAGCUGCUCCAGCCCCUAUUAACUGCAUUAAGCAUUCCAAGUAAUAAAAUUAAAGGUUCCGGUUACCUGUGUGAUGGGCCUGACCUGUCUCUUGGUCUCUUGUCCCUGCCCUGUGCUUCCUCAGGAGGGUUUCUGGAAGUAGCUAGGAAGAGGAUGUGGGGACGAGUGGGAGCUGUCCGUGCGCCGGAACUAAAGCUUCCCUGGCUCUCUUCUUGGGCCACCUGGGCCUCACUGCCCCUCCGUUCACCCAGUAAGGUAGAACCGGCAAAGAACUUGAGGGACAGGUGUUAGAAAGGGGGAGGUGGGGUGACUUCUGUCGGCAGUCAGGCCUGGUCCCUUAAACGUGUGCGAUGAGACUGGGCAUGGUGGCGCACGCCUGCAACCCCAGCACUCAGGAGGCUGAGGUAGGAGGAUCUCUGUGAGUUUGAGGCCAGCCUGGGCUACACAGCAAGAUCCUGUCUCAAAAACCCAAAAAGUAUGUGAUGUGCAAAUGGUUUGUCUGUUGCCACACCCUUCCGCCUGCCUCCUCCCCCAGAGUGCACGACACACGGUAUACACACCAGGGCCGAGCUGAGCUUCCCAGCACAGCCUAUCUGGAUCACAGGCAGGGGUGCCGGAUGUGCAGUGUUACCCGUCAUUGUUCGCUCCCUAAGAGCUUUGUCCUCAGCAGGGGCCAGCACGUAACCCAGGGACAGCAGCCUCCUCACCCCUGCUGUACCGACCGACCGCUGGGAGUUCCCAUGGUAACCAGAAGGGCUACCACGAGCUAUGUGCCACCAGGUCAAGGAGCCCAGUGCUCCGUGUUUUAUGUCGUGCAGGCCUGAGGGGGCACGUCCCAUCCUUAUUUCAAUUUCCUGGCUGAAGCUCCAGGAGGUUGGAUCUCAGAAGCACUGGCCCCAGAGUCUGAAGCCAGCACUGACUCCAAAGCUUACUCUCGAACGACCCUCUUCCCCUCCACCUGCACUGGGCUUGCAGACUUUACUUCCGCUUCCACCUUGGAGCUUUACAUCUCCUGCUAGUCUGAGCUCCUCCCUUCCACUUAUGGUCUCCAGUCCCCCCACCUCCUGUCAGGGCCAGGGAAGGGUAGACACGGGGAGCUAAGUCAGCCCCUGGGAUGGCAGGACACCUCCAUCCGGAAGCUGCGUCGAGCCCCCUGCCCAAAGCUGCUGGCUCCAUAAAGGGUGAUGACUGAGAGGUCCUGCUCUUUCGGUAUCUGCUGCGAAGUCUGACCACCAGAACUGUUAUAAGCUGCUUAUGGUGUUUUCUUUUGUUAUAAAGGCAGGAUUUUAUUCUAAUCACUAACAGAUUGUCUUGCUGGAUGUGAUCCAUCUACCUAUUUUAAUCUUGGAACCUCGUUCUCCAGAAUUUUAUGUAUCUGCAAAUGUGAAUAUGCUCAUUAAGUCA